UUCUCGGUAACCUCCCCAGUCUGACCAAAGACAUGCACUUACAGUUGACAAAAUGGCGUUAUCAGUACGGAGACGUCUUUAGCGUCAGGUUCGGUCUACAGGACGCUGUUAUUGUUAACGGCAGUGAGGCUAUAAAGGAGGCCUUGGUGCAGAAGGCCAAGCACUUCUCCAACCGCCCAGACUACUACCUAGUGCGCUGUGUGAACAUGCACUUUGGUGCAGUUUUUUGUCCAUACGGUGAUCGUUGGAGGGCACUUCGCCGCUUCACUGUGUCAACGCUUCGGUUCUUUGGUAUGGGGACUACCAUCUUAGAGGACAAGAUUCAGGAGGAGUGUCGUCACUUCUGCAGCACACUGCGGCUUCUAGUGGGACAGCCUGUGGACCUCAGGUAUCGUCUGGAAACUUCUGUGUCUAACAUCAUCGUCUCCAUGGCGGUAGGGAAGAGGUUUGAGUACGGAGACCCGAAAUUUGGUCGUUUGCAAGCACUUGCUGAACGGAUCAAUGUGACAUUCUAUAAACUAUACAUCGUAAACUGUUUCCCCAUGCUCCGCUUCUUUCCGGGCUUCAGGAAAAUGUACAACGAAUUGAUGGAUCUGACAGCAGAACUCUACAACUACAUCCGUGAGCACAUCGGUCAGCACGGAAACACAGCGCCGGAUGAAAUCCGGGACUUUAUCGACGCCUUCAACAAGACAAAACAGGGCUUCCUGCCCGACAUGACUCUGACGUACUUAAUCGCUGAUUUGUUUUCCGCGGGAACAGAAACCUCUUCCCUUACCUUAUGCUGGGGUUUCCUGUACCUCACGGCGUAUCCUGACGUACAGGAGAAGGUUCAAGCCGAGCUGGACAGGGUUGUUGGGCGGGAUCGUCCUCCAACCUUCAGCGACAGGAUCAACCUGCCGUACACGGAGGCCACCAUCAGGGAGAUCCAGCGCAUCGCCACUAUCAUCCCAAUCCUCCCACAUCGCACGUCCGACGACACUACCUUGCUCGGGUACGACAUUCCUGCAGGUACAAACGUGUUCGUCAACCUGUGGGACCUCCACAUGGACCCGAGCCGCUGGCCGGACCCACACAGGUUCGACCCCGCCAGGUUCCUGGGCGAGAACGGACGGGUACUGACACACGACGCCUUCAUGCCGUUUUCAACAGGAUAUCGCAGGUGUUGGGGUGAACAGAUGGGGAAGAUGGAGUUAUUCUUGUUCCUCGCCAACACCCUACAACAGUUCACCCUGAAGUUACCGGAGGGUGCAGAGCCUGAUUUCCACGGCAUCAGCACUGCUUUCAUUUACCCUCGUCCAUUCAGCCUUAUUGUAACUAAUCGGGAGUAGUUAAGUAUGGCUACAGGUAUCCUUUAGUCUACAACACAGUCUACUUGAUCUUCUACAUGUAUAGUACACUCUGAAUUGCAAAGACAUGAGUUGUAUAAGUGCUUGUAAGUCAUCAUCAUAAGUAAGUAAUAGACUAUUGGUAAAGAAGCACAUCAAGCACACGGCUUGAUUAAGGUU